AAACACUUAUAUCGCUUUCGGAGCUUCUAAUAGCACAGAAGCUAUUGACUACUGGACUGAUCUUCUCAUAAAUCAGUACCAAUGUACAUCGCAAGGAUAUCAGCUGAAAAUGGACAACUUCUCCUGUUAUGAGAACUGCCGCAAAGAUCAUUCAUCUGAAAUUGAUAGCUGUCAUUCAGA